AUGAAAAUAUUUUUAAAUUUAUAUCUUGCAAUUUGUCGGACAUUUCAAGACUUUAAUAAAGAGAUUUGCGACGUAUAUGCAAAUAUUUUUCCUCAUAUUUUUAAUCGUAGUUCUGUGACAGAGCUGCUCUGUCGUUGGGGAGAUUAUGAAAAGUUCAAGAGCGGAAAAAGCUUUUCAUAA